UCAUAUAAAAGGUGACAUCAAAUGUAAUAAUCAUUAUAACGAGUCUAACGAUACAAAAACGUUCAUUCAUUGCAUUCAAACUUUGAAUUUCAAAGUCUAUACAUUAGAAAAGUUGGCGAUUUAUUUAUUAAUUUGAGACAAUUGUCCACUCAUUUGCCACUUUUAUACCCCAUUACCGACACUAACACCACGUUAUAAUGCAAUCGACGGGAACUGCAGGCGAAGGUAUGCCUACUUUCAAGUGUGUAUUGGUUGGCGACGGCGGCACCGGUAAGACUACGUUCGUGAAGAGGCAUCUGACCGGAGAGUUCGAGAAGAAAUAUAUCGCCACACUCGGAGUAGAAGUACAUCCACUCGUGUUUUACACAAAUCGCGGUCCGAUUCGGUUCAACGUGUGGGACACCGCCGGUCAGGAGAAGUUCGGCGGCUUAAGGGAU